AUGAGGAAAACUGCAGCCUUCCUACUCCUCCUAGGUCAUGCGCUCGCCGCUACGGUCAACUUCGACAUCAACGUCCACAACUCUGUCGAGAGCCCAGACGGCUUCCCUCGUUCAUCCAUCGUUGCGGGGCAGUUUGGUGGCGUGCCUAUUGUGCUCAACAAGGGCGACUUCGUCAACAUCAAUGUUACGAACACCCUCACGGACCCAACUAUGCGUCGGUCGACUUCGAUUCAUUGGCAUGGUCUUUUCCAAGACAGAACAGCGAGCGAAGACGGACCGUCAUUCGUCAAUCAGUGCCCCAUUGCUCCAAACAAUUCGUACGUCUACAGCUUCAGCACGGGAAAUCAAUCUGGCACCUAUUGGUAUCACUCCCAUCUCAGUACUCAGUACGCCGAUGGCGAACGUGGCACCUUCGUUAUCUACGAUCCGGAGGACCCACUUGGCGACCUCUACGAUGUCGACGAUGCUGGAACCAUCAUCACCCUGGCUGACUGGUACCACACUCCAGCUGAGCAGCUUAUGGACCAGUUCAAAAAGGACGACGUGACGCCUGUGCCUGCUUCCGGGCUUUUCAAUGGCGUUGGACGCUUUAUUGGGGGUCCAGCAAUCCCUUGGGCAGUUGUGACUGUGGAACAAGGAAAGCGGUACCGUUUCCGUGUUAUCGACAUCUCCGCCUUCGCUGCCUACACAGUCUCUGUCGAUCAGCAUCUGAUGAGCAUCAUUGAGAUCGAUGGCAUUGAAACCGUCCCGCUUAGUGUCACCAGCUUCGACAUUCAUGCCGCGCAACGCUAUAGCUUUGUGCUGGAGGCCAAUCAGCCUGUUGGAAACUACUGGUUCCGUGCCCCGAUGGACGUAGCAGGGAAUAACGCUCUCCUGGACAAGAAGAACGUCAAGGGCAUUUUGCGAUAUGUCGGCGCCCCGGUAGAAGACCCUACUAGUUCUGCGGUUGUUGUCCACCCACUUUCUAAGGGCGGUGCGGGUGGUGGUGCACCAGCUCCUCUCGAGGAAUACCAACUUCAAACUCUGAUCGACCCCGGCGCACCAGGAGGAAGUGCUCCUGCUGACCAUGUCAUUGACCUUCAGUUCGACGAGGCCGGAAAAGGUACCUGGGAAAUCAACGGUAUUUCGUAUGUCCCUCCAGACCUCCCGACACUCCUCAAGAUCAUAAACGGAGCUACCGUCGAAUCUGACUUCAAUGUUUCUGAGCAUACGUUCGUUUUGAAGAACCAAGAGGUUGUCGAGCUGCGCAUUCACGGCGCUGACCAUGGAAUCACCCAUCCGUUCCAUCUUCACGGCCACGCUUUCGACAUUGUUCAGAGCGCGUCUGGGCCCGUCAACUUCGUUAACCCGCCACGCCGAGACGUUAUCGCUGUCGACCAAGGUGGCGUGGUUAUCCGUUUCCGGGCCGACAAUCCCGGACCCUGGUUCUUGCACUGCCACAUCGAUUGGCAUUUGGAGGCUGGUCUCGCUGUUGUCUUCGCCGAGUCGCCUCCAGAAGAGCGCGAGGGUCCCCAGUCGCAGAUCAUCAAACAAGAGUGGCUCGACUUGUGCCCUGCUUACGAUGCUCUUCCUCCUGAGUUCCAGUAA